UAGAUAUUUCCUUACCGCAACACACUUUCUCUUGAUCCAACCAAGUUCCUCGAGAUGGAGAAGAAGGGAUCACAAAGAGAUGGGACUUUGUUGCAGCAUCCACUUCUCCUAGUUCUUGCUCUAGCUGUAAGUUUUGUUAUAAUCGAUCCGUUUAAAAUGGGACCUUUAGGAGACCAUGAUUUCAAGCCUUUUAAGCAUGACCUUGCCCCUUACAAGCAAGUCAUGGAAAACUGGCCUAGAGACAAUAGAAGUCGAUUAGGGUCCGGAAAUUUGGAGUUUGUCGAUGAAGUUUUCGGCCCUGAAUCGUUGGAGUUCGACAGCCUGGGGCGAGGCCCUUACGCUGGUUUGGCCGAUGGACGCGUUGUGAGAUGGAUGGGACAGGAUGUUGGAUGGGAAACCUUUGCACUUGUUACCUCAAACUGGUCAGAGAAACUUUGUGCCAGAGGAGUUGACUCGACCACAUCAAAGCAAUGGAAGCAUGAGAAACUGUGUGGUCGCCCCCUGGGUCUAAGGUUCCACAAAGAGAGUGGAAAUUUGUACAUUGCUGAUGCUUAUUACGGCCUUCUGGUAGUUGGACCUGAAGGAGGGCUUGCUACUCCUUUGGCAACUCAUUUGGGAGGGGACCAAAUACUCUUUGCAAAUGACCUUGACAUACACAAGAAUGGAUCCAUCUUCUUUACUGACACCAGCAAAAGAUACGAUAGAGUGGACCAUUUCUUCAGAUUGUUGGAAGGAGAAUCCACCGGUAGGCUUCUCAGAUAUGACCCUCCUACCAAAACAACUCAUGUAGUAUUGGAUGGCCUAGCAUUUCCAAAUGGAGUGCAGCUAUCUAGGGACCAAACUUUCAUUGUCUUCACCGAGACUACCAAUUGCAGGCUAAUGAAAUACUGGCUAGAAGGACCGAAGACCGGGAGGGUGGAACUUGUCGCAAACCUGCCUGGUUUUCCAGACAACGUAAGACUUAAUGAUAGAGGCCAAUUCUGGGUUGCAAUAGAUUGCUGCAGGACAGCAGCACAGGAGGUUCUUACUCAGAAUCCAUGGAUGAAGAGUGUUUAUUUCCGGUUACCAAUCCAAAUGAGGUACUUAGCCAGGAUGGUGGGCAUGAAGAUGUACACAGUCGUAUCCCUCUUCAAUGAGAAUGGAGAGAUCUUGGAAGUUCUUGAGGAUCCAAAGGGUGAGGUAAUGAAGCUAGUGAGUGAAGUCAGGGAAGUAGAAGGGAAGCUGUGGAUUGGAACUGUGGCUCAUAACCACAUUGCUACCCUCCCUUAUACUGAGCACCAACAGCACAAAUCCUGAUAGUUAUUUUGUUCAUCUGUGCUGCGCUGCAUGUUCCCUUUGACUUGGAUUUUCCUUUAUUUAGCAAUGGUUCAACAGAUUGCAGACUCCUCUGUCACUUUCCCAGCUCUCUACC